AUGGCCGAAGAAACCGCACCGGCACCGACUGCCCGGGACCAGGACAUCAAUCCCUGGUCCGUAGACGGUGGGCAGGACGAGAACGGCGAGGCCAUCUCCAUUGAUUACCUGGCCCUCUCUCAAAAAUGGAACACCUCCGCCAUUGACCACGAGCUCCUGGAGCGCUUCGAACGGGUGACCGGACACAAGCCGCACCGCUGGCUGCGACGAGGCCUGUUCUUCAGCCACCGCGACUUCGACAAGAUCCUGACGCGCUACGAGCACGGCGAGCCCUUCUUCCUCUACACCGGCCGCGGGCCCAGCACCGGCAGCCUGCACCUUGGACACACAAUCCCCCUGCAGUUCACGAAAUGGCUGCAGGACGUGUUCGACGUGCCGCUGGUUUUCAUGUUGACGGACGACGAGAAGGCCCUGUUCAAGGACAGCAUUGGCUUCGAGGAGGCUAUGCACUACGCUAUGGAAAAUGCCCGCGACAUCAUCGCCUUGGGCUUCGACGUUAAGAAGACCUUCAUCUACAGCGACCUGAAGUACAUCUCGAGCCAUUUCCUCAUGAACGCUUGGGAGUUCGGAAAGCUGGUUACUUUCAACCAGGUCCGUGGCGCGUUUGGAUUCAAUGAAAGUACCAACAUCGGCCGCAUCUUCUUCCCUUCCGUCCAGUGCGUCGCCGCCUUCGCCACCUCCUACCCCGAGAUCUGGUCCGACGAGCCCCAGACUGCCCGGAACCAGAAGAUCGCCGACAUCGCCUGCCUGAUCCCCAUGGGUAUCGACCAGGAUCCGUACUUCCGGCUGCUGCGCGACAACUCCCACCGCAUGGCGUUCCCGUCGCCGAAGCCCGCGCUGAUUCACUCGAAGUUCCUGACUGCGCUACAGGGCGCCGGCGGGAAGAUGUCGUCGUCGAAUCCCAACUCGGCUAUUUUCAUGGACGAUACGGCGAAGCAGAUUAAG